AUGGCGUUCAAGAAAAACCAGUCUUCCCUACGCGCUUCGCGACUAGAAGAGCAGGCGUUAUACAACCCGAAACCUAUCCCCGAACCCACGGAUGCAUCUAUUACCGAUCUCAAGACAACCACCGAUCGCAUGAUUACGGUCUUAUGGACCGCCGACCACGGCUGGGCCAACCCCAAGCUGGUACCAUAUGGGCCUCUAUCCUUGAUGCCUACAGCAAGUGCGUUACAGUAUGCGACCGAGUGUUUUGAGGGCAUGAAGCUCUUUCGUGGCCAUGAUGGCCGUCUUCGCCUGUUCCGUCCUCUUUACAACUGUCAGAGAAUGCUAGCCUCUGCUGAACGUAUCUCGCUACCUGGAUUCGAGCCAGAGGAGUUGCUAAAGCUGAUUCAUCGACUCUGUGCCUUGGAAGCGCCGAAGUGGCUGCCAAAGGACCGUGCCGGUACAGCCCUAUACAUCAGGCCAACACUGAUUGGUACUGACAGCAGCCUGGGUUUCAAAGUUCCCGAGGAGGCUCAGCUUUGUAUUUUCAUGCUGUACUGGCCCUCACCUAGCUUGAAAUCUGAAUCUGUCCCAUCGACCACCAGUCGUUGGAUGAGACUCGUUACUAGUAGUGAAUCCGCUGUCCGGUCAUGGCCUGGCGGCACUGGAACAGCAAAGAUUGGAGGCAAUUACGGUCCAACACUCUUGGAGCACAACAAGGCAAGGUCUAGAGGAUAUGACCAAGUCUUAUGGCUUUAUGGCCCAGAUCGCUGCGUCACAGAGGCUGGUUCAACCAACUUCUUCGUGCUCUGGAGGACGCCUAAAGGACAAUUGGAGCUAGCCACAGCCCCCCUCGAUGAACAGGGAUUGAUUCUCGCAGGGAACACACGUCAAACGAUACUGGAGAUGUUCAACACUUGUUUUUCGUCGCAAGAGUCGAGCUUGCUCGAGCCGUGCAACGUGGCGGAAAAGAAGAUUUCGAUUUCAGAGAUUGAGCGCGCUGUUGGAGAGGAUCGCGUCCUCGGCGCUUUCGCUGUAGGAACGGCAGCGUGGAUCCAGGAAGUGAAGGAGAUUGGCCACAACGGUCGGGAUAUUCGCAUCAAUGUGGGCAAGGCGCCCCAUAUCUCAUUUGUACGCGAGCAACUUGCGGCGAUAUUGCUAGGAGAGAUUGAAAGUCGUUGGGUUGAAGUCGUAGAAGAGGCUUAG